AUGAAAGCAUCAAAUAUCAACAAGUCUGGAAUGUUUAGGAUCCGAGCAUUUAAUACAGAUCAUACUUUUCCUUUGAAGGAUAAAGUGUAUUCACAAAAACAUGCGACAAACAUGCUGAUUGGUGGUAUUGUUAAGCCUAAGCUUGUUGAUCACAAGAGAAAAUAUACACCUUCUGAUAUUCGGAGUGAUGUAAAGAUAUAUUUGGGAGUUGAUGUAAAUUACUCGUUGGCUUGGAGUGCUAAACAAAAGGCUCUGAUUUCAUUCAGGGGUACCACAUUUGCAUCUUACAACAAACUUCUAGCAUACUUGUAUAUGAUGGAUAAUACAUAUCCAGGCUCGCAUAUACGUCUAAAGAAAACAAACAAAAAUGAGUUCUUGUAUCUUUUUGUUGCGUUGAAUAAUUGUAUACAAGGCUUUGAUCGUUGCAGGCCUGUCAUAGUUGUUGAUGGAAGUCACCUAAGAGGACCGUAUAAUGGAACAUUUGUGGCUUCAAGUACAAUGGAUGGAGCAUGUAUGUUUCAUUGUGUUUUUUAA